AUGGGGAUUAAUGAAGAGCUGGGCCUUCUUAAGAGUGGUACUCAUGCCUCUGACAAGGUUGAUUUCCUUGAGAGGCAGUUAAGAGAGUCUGAUGUUCAGCUACAAUACAUGCCUGCUGGCCAAGCCUUCGACUUGUAUGCCAAAUCAACGAGCAAGAAAAAGUCCAGCAAGCGCCAGCCUAGGGAAGGCUGUAGCAAUCCCUCUGCAAAGAGGUCUCAAAUAGAGGACCCUCCUAUGCCUACCCCCACAAAGGAGACAACUCCUCCACCAGCUCCUGCCAAAGAGACAUCCUCGAAUCAAGACCCCCCAGCUCCGGUCGAACAGACUCCUCCACCAGCUCAUGUCGACCUCACGCCUCCAGCUUCCACUGACCAGCAGCAUACUGGUCGCCGAGAAGAAGCCUCGAGAGAAGAUCUCAUGGGCGUGGUGCUUAAUUCAGCCAAGGACAGGCUGUCCAGAAUAACAAAGCACCGUCGCAGCCGAAAGGCGAUUUAA